UCCUCUCUCUUCUCUUCAAGGUGAGACCCAGCUCCGCUGCAGCUGAACCAUGAGUGCCGGAUCCAGCCCGGGGGUGAUCACAGCCCCUCCUCUUCCCAGCAUGCCUCACAAAGAGAGGUACUUCGAUCGCAUCGACGAGAACGACCCCAACUACCUGCGGGAGAGGAACAUGUCUCCAGACCUCCGGCAGGACUUCAACAUGAUGGAGCAGAAGAAGCGCGUGACGCAGAUACUUAAGAGCCCGGCCUUCCGGGAGGAUCUGGAGACCCUCAUCCAGGAUCAGAUGAAGAAGGGCAACAACCCCACCGGACUCCUGGCCCUGCAGCAGAUCGCCGAUUACAUCAUGGCCAGCUCCUUUGCUGGAUUCUCCUCGUCUCCUCUCAGUCUCGGGAUGGUCACACCGAUCAAUGACAUCCACCCCGCCAUAGAGUCCAACAUGGUGAAAGGGGAGAAGCAGACGCGGUGUAAGCUGGCCAGCAUUUACCGCUUGGCUGACCUCUUUGGAUGGGCGCACUUGAGCAACGCCUACAUCACGGUCAGAGUGAGCAAGGAGCAGGACCACAUUCUCAUCAUUCCCAGAGGCCUCUCCUUCUCCGAAGCGUCGGCCUCCAAUUUGGUGAGUGGACUCUACGGCCUCCGCCCAUAAUUCUAUUAUCAAUCUUUGCAAUCCCUUACCUUACCUCCGCUACACAUGUGCAGUUAUUGUGAAUUGUUGGUCUCGCGUGUCACAUACGCAGUCGGUGUUAAGAAUCUUCUUUUCUCUGAAUUCCAGGUCUCCUCCAUGAAAUGCGGCAUCCUCCCCAUCUCUCAGGAGGCCUUGCUCCUCGGGGAUGUGGCUUACUACAACUAUCAGGGCUCUCUGGACGAGCAGCAAGAGAGGAUCCAGCUGCAGAAGGUUCUGGGCCCGAGUGCCAAGGUUCUGGUGCUGCGGAAUCACGGGGUGAUGGCUUUGGGCGAGACGUUGGAGGAAGCGUUCCAUUACAUCUUCAACGUACAGCUGGCCUGUGAAGUGCAGGUCCACGCUCUGGCCGGCUCCGGAGGGAUCGACAACCUCCUCCUUCUGGACCUGGAGAAGUAUAAAGCCACCACAUAUUCGCUGGCUGCGGCUGAUGGGGGAGCGGUGAACAUGGGGGGCCAGCACACGUGGAAGGUGGGGGAGCUGGAGUUUGAAUCCCUCAUGAGGAUGCUGGACAACCUGGGUUACCGGACCGGCUACGCUUACAGGCAGCCCUUGACACGAGAUAAGCCGCGCCACAAGAGCGAAGUAGAGAUCCCGGCCACGGUCACGGCGUUCACAUUCGAUGAUGAGCAGUCCAUGCCGCGCUCCCCGCUGAAGUUCCUCGCCCAGAGGCAGCAGAGGGAGAAGACGAGGUGGCUGAACUCGCCAAACAUGUAUAUGAAAGUCCAGGUUCCUGAGGAGUCCAUAAACGGCGAGAUGAGUCCAAGGACUAAGAUCACGUGGAUGAAAGCCGAAGAGCUGAACCAGAAUUCCGGCGGAUAUCCUAUUAAAAUAGAAGACCCCAAUCAGUUUGUCCCUCUGAACACCAACCCCACCGACGUCAUGGAGAAGAGAAACAAGAUCAGGGAGCUGAAUCGGUACGAUCUAAAGACCGCUGGGCCCCAGUCACUAGUCCUGGCGGGCAUCGUGGUGGAGAAGCCAAGUGCGCCAAUGCAUUUCGAAGAGGAUGAGAACGCUCCUCCCCCACCUCCCAAUCCGUUCAGCCAGUUGCUGGAAGAGGAAACGCAGGACAGGAGGGGUAAUGGGACACGAGAAGCCCCGGAUGACGGCGUGUUCCAGAGCGACUCCCCCAUCAUACUGAACGGUAAGGAGGGCGUCCGACACGAGUCCGACCAGGACCUGACCAUGCGCGUCCACCAGCUCAACAUCGGGGACACGGUGGAAAUCACAGUCCGGAGCACGGAGAAGAUCAUCGAAGGGGAACUGACCCCCGAGGGCUCCCCAUCCAAAUCCCCCAACAAAAAGAAGAAGAAAUUCCGCACCCCGUCCUUCCUGAAGAAGAACAAAAAGAAGGAAAAACUGGAGGCGUAACCCGUCGCCGACAACGGAGGGGGUGCGUCGCAGCGGGAACCGUAGGCGUCGCCUGUUUUGUGCCGGAUGGACGUUGCGUGGUCCUGAGUUGCAGCGCGUUUCCUGUUUUCCAAC